AUGCUCAUCCACGAACUUGUAAUUCGCCGUGAUCUUCUUGAGUUGCUCGAAGGCCUCGUCGUUGGUGCGGGUCGACUGACCCACAAAGAUGUACUUUCCGACGGGGAAGAUGUCACCGCCGUCGGUGUGGGCGGGCUUUUCGAGGGUGUAGGUGUGGCCUGGCCGGAGAAACUCAAUCCAGCGCCGGGAAUGCUCGGCCUCCCCACGUCGGCUUUCGGCUCCCGCGCGUGGGAUGACAACGCAACCAUCGUAGAACAUCGCAACAUCCUCCAUGAACAUGGAGUCAGGGUAAUCCAUCAGAGCGGGCAGACGAAUCAACUCGACAUCAUACCCCUCCUUGAUGAGCUUCUCGAAAACGCCAACAUAGGCGUCGUGCUGCUUUACAACCUUGUCGUAGUCAAUCGGAUCUCGAGAUAUGUGCGUCAAUUCACACUUCUUGAUUGCAGGAGAGACCUCGCGUGUGAUAACAGUUAG